AUGGAUGAUCAUAAAUCUGAGGAUCAACACCUGGUGGCGGCAGCGCAGCACAUUUUAAAGGCGUUGGCGGCAAGCAAGGCUGUCUCCGAUGAUCUGAGAAAAACUCUCUUGGAUUUCGAUAUUCACCUAUCAGCCAUGUCCAUAGUUGAAAGGAGCAUCAAGCAGCUAGAAAGGAAAAUUAAAUUUGCCGAAGGCAAAAUAAUGACUUGGAAAGCGAAGAAUUCGAUGAUAUGGGACUGCGGUUCCAAGGAAUCUUCCGAGUAUUUAGAAGCCAAACUGGAGGAAGAACUAGUUCAUAUCCUCGUUAAGCACAAGCAAUACCUUGAACCGGAAUCUUUCGCGAACGAGGCCGGUUCAGUUGAUCUGGUUAAUCCUGCGUUAAUUCCAGAUCUCAAGAGCAUUGCAAAUGUCAUGUUCGGUUCCAAGUACCAUCAGGAGUUUUGCCAGACUUUCAUUUCUUCGAGACGCGACGCCUUGGACGAGUUCUUCGUGGUUCUUGAAAUAGAAAGAUUCAGCAACGAGAACGUCAUGAAAAUGGAAGGGAAUUGCUUGAAUCGCGAGAUAAAGAAGUGGAUUCGCGCCGUGAAGAUAGUCUUUCAGGUGUAUCUCGUCGCAGAGAAACGGUUGUGUAAGCAAAUUCUUGGAGACUUCAACGACUCUGUUUAUCAGUUCUGCUUCGCCGAGAUAACUUUGAGUUUCGUGUUGAAACUUUUGAAUUUUGGUGAGGCCGUAGCAAUGGGAAACCGUUCACCGGAGAAACUGUUCUGUUUUCUAGACAUCUAUGAAGUUUUGGAGAAUCUCGCUGUCUAUGUAGACAUUUUGUUCUUUGAAGAAUUUGGUUCAUUUGUAAGAGAUGAGUUUCACAAGCUUCUAAACAAGUUUGGUGAAGCUUCAAAGUUCACAUUUUUAGCAUUUAAAAAUGCUAUUGCAAAUGAUCCUUCAAAGGCGCGAUUCCCUGGUGGCGGAGUUCACCAUCUUACCAAAUAUGUAAUGAAUUUCAUCAAGACACUGGCGGAAUAUGGCGAGGCACUCAACCUUCUCCUGGCGGACGAGACUCCGGCCGACCCAGAAGGCAAUGAUGACGAUGACAGCCAUCCUUUGGCUGGCGAAUUCUGGUCGGUGGCGGCCACUCUUGAAUCCAACCUGAUCAGUAAGUCCAAAUUGUACAAAGAUGUGGCAUUGCAACAUGUAUUCAUGAUGAAUAACAUUCACUACAUGGUCCAAAAGGCUAAGUCCUCGGAACUAAGCUUAGUGUUCGGCGAUCGAUGGCUUCGUCGGCACGUUGCCAAGUUCCGAGAUAAUGCUAGAAGCUAUGAGAGGGUAACUUGGGGUCCAAUACUCUCUAUUCUGAAACAAGAAAACGCUGAAUUGAAUUGCACUUCUUCGAAGGAAAAUCUAAAGAAAAAGUGCAAAGAUUUCAAUGCUUCUUUUAGUGAAACCUAUAGGUCACAAACAGGGUGGUAUAUUCCAGAUACUGAACUCCGUGAAGAUGUACAAAUCUCAAUUUCUCAGAAAGUUGUUCAUGCUUACCGGCAAUUCACUGGGAGAUAUUCAUCAACCAUUGAUGAGAAGUGGAAAAAGCACACUGUGGAUGAUAUAGAGAACUAUGUAUUGGACCUUUUUGUAGGUUCACCAAAAUCUUUGCAUUAUUUUUCAUCAUCAGCACAGAUACUGAAAAGGGAUAAGAGUGUUUGAUGAAGAUUUUUUUUUUCAUUUUUUCUUUUUGUUGUCUUAGUUUUAGCAAUUGGGGAUACCAUUUACAAUAUUUUAGUUUUCUUAUACCAUUGACAUUAAAUAAAACUAAUGUGGCCUCACCUUGUUACUCAAUUUGGAUGAAC